AGGGAGAAUGUGAGUUUCGCUAAAUUUUAUGGAAAUAAUCUAUUAAAAUCUGUGAUAAAACAUAAUAAUUGUAGUGAAUAUCUCAGUUGUCGUUAAGUUUGUGAUUUAGACUGUAUAAUACCAUUCACCCAAAAUGGGUAAGAUUAUGAAGCCAGGGAAGGUGGUGCUGGUCCUCAGUGGCCGGUACGCCGGUCGCAAGGCCAUCGUCGUUAAAAAUUACGACGAGGGGACGUCAGACAAGCCCUACGGCCAUGCCUUCGUCGCCGGUAUCGAUAGAUAUCCCCGCAAAGUCCACAAGAGGAUGGGCAAAAACAAAAUCCACAAGCGCUCCAAAGUCAAGCCCUUCGUCAAGGUCGUAAAUUACAACCACCUCAUGCCAACCCGCUACACUGUCGACAUCAGUUUCGAGAAGUUCAGCAAGAAAGACCUGAAGGACCCCUCAAAGCGCAAGAAGCUCCGUUUCAACACGAGGGUGCGCUUUGAAGAGAGAUACAAGAGCGGGAAGAACAAGUGGUUCUUCCAGAAGCUUAGGUUCUAAGUACUAAAUAAAAUAAAUUUACGCAAGUACAGAA